AUGAAGCACGGCAUCUGGUCUGAAGAUGAGCACGAUCGAUUUCUCUUUGCUAUUAGAGAAAAUCCUCGUGGUCCAUGGGGCUGCAUUGCCUCUGCUGUUGGUACACGCUCCAUUCGUCAAGUGCAGACUCACACACAGAAAUAUCAUGAAAAGAUUAUCCGGAGGGUGCGUGGACUACGGAAGGACCGCAAAACGUGGGCACGAGUAGAGCAUCGUAUUGAUGAUGACGUGCUCACUUUUUGCAACUUUAUGAAAAACAUGGGCAGCAAUAAGGCCGUAGAAGGCGAUCCCGACACCCUUGACCCCUCCUUAGUUGUCUCUCCUAAAUCCGAUGCAAGUCCCUGUACUGUUCCAGUGCAAUGCCACUACUACAAUGAUCCAGUGGAGGAGAUUGAUGCAAUUAAACAGCCAUUGGCUACCGUAUCCAUUAGUCUAGCGGACUUACCACCAUUAGAAGAAGCACUUGACUUUCUUAUAGCGAUAAUGGAAGAUUAA